AUGGAGGCCACGGCGCUGAGCAUCGGAAAGUCCGUGCUGGAUGGAGCGCUUGGCUAUGCAAAAUCUGCCCUGGCAGAGGAGGUUGCUCUGCAGCUAGGAGUCCGGCGUGAUCAGGUCUUCAUCACCAACGAGCUUGAGAUGAUGCAGGCUUUUCUCAUGACCGCCCACGAUGAGAGAUAUGAUGACGAUAGGGUCGUCAAGGUGUGGGUAAAACAGGUCCGCGACGUGGCCUAUGACGUCGAGGACACCCUCCAGGAAUUCUCUGUGCGCCUACGGAGGAAGUCCUGGUGGCGUAUCCAUCGAACGCUAUCAGAUAGGCGCCAUGUGGCCAAGCAGAUGAAGGAGCUGAGAGCCAAUGUUGAGGAUGUCAGCCAGAGGAACAUGCGCUACAACCUCAUCAAGGGCUCUAGCUCCAAGUCGGCAAGCAUCGGUGGACAGUCUGCAAUGGUUGGUACAGCUAUGUCUGGCACCGACGAAGCAAGGCGCCUACGGGAGAAAGCAAAAGUGGAUCUCGUUCAAUUGAUCAACAAGAAGGAUGAUGACCUUAGAAUCAUCGCGGUGUCAGGAAUAAGAUCAGGUCAUUUGUGGGAGACUUCAGUCAUCAGAAGGGCCUAUGAAGAUAAAAAGGUAUACAAGAAGUUUGAGUGCCGAGCCUGGAUCGCAGGGUUGAUACGUCCUUUUACUUUAACAGAGUUCUUGCGAAGCAUCAUCGAACAAUUCCAUGUAAAUUGUCUUCAAAGUGUGGGGGAAAGAGAAAAAACAGAGAUCCAAGUCCUGAGGAAGAUGGGGAUGAUGAAGAAAGAUGAUUUGGUUGAUGAAUUCAUGAGAUACGUAAAUGAGAAGACUUACCUGAUUGUACUUGAUGACAUACAGAACAUUGAAGAAUGGGGUGACAUUAAGCCAUGCUUCCAGAAUAACAAGAAAGGAAGCCGAAUCAUAGUCUCUGCAUACCAAGCUGGAGUUGCAAGCUUAUGUGUAGGGCCUGAGGAUGUAGUACCAGAGUAUAAGCAGUUGUUUGUUGAUGAGAAUAUUUAUGCUUUCUAUGAGAAGGGGUCUCAUAAUGGGAUAGAUUCAAUGGAGGCCGGGAGUAGCUCCAAUACAGGCAUUGCUGGCAGUGACGGCUCUGGCAAUAAGAAGAUUCUUAAUCACAGAGAGACACUAGCAGUUUUUAGGGACACUCAACUCAUUGGGCGUGAGAAAGAAAAGUCAGAAAUCCUAAAACUAGUUUUAAAUGAAGAUAGCCAACAACUUGAAGUGAUAAGCUUGUGGGGAAUGGGUGGUAUUGGAAAAACCACACUAGUCAGAGAUGUCUACCAAGAGCUUAGUGGCAAGUUUGAGAAGCGUGCUUGUGUCACGAUUCUGCGACCUUUCAGCCUUGACAAGCUUCUCGAGGACAUAGCUAUGCAGAUUGGAUGUGAAGUGAAAAAGAUGGUUAGAUAUUUAGAAGGAAAGAAAUACUUGAUUGUUCUCGAUGAUCUAUCAUCCAAUACAGAAUGGGAUACUAUAAUACCACAAUUUCCUGCAAUGGAAACAUCAAGUCGGAUCAUAGUCACCACAAGAAUAAAGGAUAUUGCUAAUCAUUGUUCAAACAAGCAUAAAAAUAUAUGCGAACUCCAAAGGCUAGGACACAGAAGCGCGCGUGAUCUCUUCAUGAAAAAGGUAUUUGGCAGGACUAUAAAUUUGGAUGAGCAGUAUCCUACUUUGAUUGAACAAGCAAAUCUGAUCCUCAAGAAAUGCAACGGACUUCCUCUUGCAAUAGUGACAAUAGGUGGUUUCUUGGCAAACCAACCAAAAAUCGCUUUCCAAUGGAGGAAACUGAAUGAGCAUAUCAGUGCUGAGUUGGCAAUGAAUCCAGAACUUGGGACCAUAAAAACCGUCCUUAUGAGAAGCUAUGAUGGUUUACCCUAUCACCUCAAGUCUUGUUUCCUAUAUAUGCCUAUAUUUCCUGAAGACUACAGGGUUGGGCGGGGACGCUUGGUGCGUCGGUGGACUGCGGAGGGUUACUCAAGGGAGGUGCGUGGCAAGUUCGCAGUGCAAAUAGCGGAUAGCUACUUCAUGGAACUGAUGAGCAGGAGCAUGAUCCUACCGUCUGAGAAGUCAAUUCAUAGUACAAAAGGGAUUGAUUCCUGCCAAGUCCAUGAUCUCAUCCGUGAAAUUGGCAUCUCAAAGUCAAUGGAAGAAAAUCUUGUUUUUACACUCGAAGAAGGUUGCAUCUCAAACAGCCAGGCCACGGUGCGCCACCUGGCUAUAAAUGGCAACUGGAAGGGGGAUAAGAGUGAGUUUGAGAGCAUAGUGGACAUGUUGCGUCUGCGGUCAUUAACAGUUUUCGGUCAGUGGAAGUCAUUUUUCAUUUCUGACAAGAUGAGUAUGCUCCGAGUUCUAGACUUGGAAGACACAAAAGAUCUGCGUCAUCACCACCUUAAGCAUAUUUGGAAACUUCUUCACCUAAGAUAUCUUUCCCUAAGAGCAUGUCCAACAAUUUUUGACCUGCCAGAUUCGUUGGGUAAUCUGAGGCAACUCGAGACGCUAGAUGUGAGAGGAACUGGAAUUCUCAAGUUGCCAAAGAGCAUCAUCAAGCUUCAGAAGCUAAAUCAUCUUCGUGCUGGGAUCAUACCGGCAUAUGAGGAUUUCGUUUCAUGGGAACAAGCUGUAGGUCAUAUUCCAAAGGUAAUGAAGUGCCGGCCAUGCACUUUAUUAUUAGGGACAAUGUUGUGUUGUCUUGCUUGUUUUGCACCUGAAUCUUUUUUAGGUGAUGGCAUGAGCCACCGUGAUGUAUGCGCUAUGUUUUGCUGCUGCAUAUUACCUAUUCUUGCGACGCGCUUGGACGCACAUGGUGUUCUAGUGCCAAGUGGGAUGACGAAGCUGAAAGCCCUGCACACACUGGGUGUUGUCAACAUCGGACGAGGGAAGGUCAUUCUACAGGACAUAAAAGGACUCACCAGGUUGCGCAAGUUGGGAGUGACUGGCGUCAAUAAGGAAAAUGGACAAGAGCUUUGUUCAGCAAUUGUUGGGCUGAGACAUCUGGAGUCAUUGUCAAUCCGGUCAGAGGGGGAGCCAGGUUUAUCUGGCUGCUUGGAUGGGAUGUCGUCACCUCCGGAGAACCUGCAGAGCCUCAAGUUGUAUGGCAACCUGGUGAAAUUGCCAGAAUGGAUCCAGGAGCUGAAACAUCUGGUGAAACUGAAGCUGCGCAACUCUACCAUAUCAGAGCAUGAUGCUGCCAUACAAGUCAUUGGUAAUCUACCAAACCUGACAUUCCUGCAUCUGCUGGAGAAGUCGUUCAAGGGUGAAGAGGUCUGUCUCAGUUUGCUGCCGGGGACGUUUGUGAGGCUGAUGGUGCUGGAACUGAGACCAACGCUCAAAUGCUUGAAGUUUGAACAAGGAGCAGCCUGUAAACUUGAGCUGCUCAAGUUUCGUUUUGCAGACAUCAACAACGAGUCGCUUUUGGGUCUACCAUCACUCGCAAGCCUCAAGGAAGUUGUGCUCCAAGAUUACUUCGAUGACACUGGAUUGGCAUACCUGCGGACUGAACUCGCCGAGAAUCCAAAUCGUCCCAUCCUGAAGAGGGCCUUUGAAGUCGUAAAGGUUGUUUGAUUCUUAUCCAGAGCUAAUCACGCCCAACAAUCCGAUGCAAGCUAGGAGUGCUGUUGUUAUUUCCAACUAAGUACAGUAUCUAGCAAUCACCAGUUAAUCGUUCAUAGUUCCAUUCGUGCUGGUCGGUCGAUCACAAGCUAAUUAUUAGGAGACCUUGCAGUACGCUUUGCCAUGUAUGUAUCUGUGUCGUUUCUAGCCUAUUGUCUUGGAGAGAAAAUAGAAGAAGUGCCACAAGACAAAGAAAACAUUGAGUGCCGCUUUGGUACAACCCCCCUCGCAUUACGUAUA